GACAUUAACACUUCCCUUGACAAAGGUCAAGUGGUCACUAAACUCUGAGGCUGUAAUGGUUUAAUACCUGAAUAUAAUGAUGUAAAAACUGUUCAUUCAUAGUUAGGGAAACUACAGCAUAAUUGCGGUUAAAUAAAGUUUAAUGUUAACUUUUGGAAACCCACUUCACGUGUGUAAAUGGCUCAAAUGUAACUGUUUAAAGUGUGUAUUAUUUCUUCCGUCUUUUGAGCAGCAUCACAGUUUUCUCUUAAUAAAAUGUAGCGGAACAUUUAUAAUUCAUCUGGCACUCUGCCUCAGUGGAAAGAAAUAUAACUGAGUUAUCUUUAUGUGAUAAGAAAGGAGUAAUUGACUGUAUGCUGUCUGUCAUUGUGUCGGGGGAGAAGUCAUGCUUUCAUUUUUGGCAAUUCAUUUAUAUUUACCUACUUUGCAUUUCUCCAAUGAGGAUGAAGGGAAAUGUAUACUUUUUUUCUCCCGGCCUGCCAGUGAUACAUCAUCUCCUCUAAAGUUUGGGAGAUAUUUGGUCACGUUACUGUGUUGUCAAAGGGUCUAGGUACAUACUGAUAACAGAAUAAGACAAGAUCCACUAAUUAGAUUUCUUCAUUACUGCUAAGACGGCACCAUGUUGGAACAUAGUAACCAUGGGCCUCUUCUUUUCCCCAUUGAGUGCUUGACAAACUGAAGCUUUUUGUUGUCUUUAAUGAGUUACUCGGGGUUCAUGUGUCUCUGGUUAGAGAACGGUGGAGCUCUGUCCUCCUCGUUUCUGUUCACUCCCCCUGAGCCUGUUGGCUGCUUCUGUGUGUUGGAGUGAUUGCUGGUUGGCCAGUUCUGUAGGAGUUGCUUAAAAGUUAAUUUGUGUACGCUGUAACAACGGGGGUGGCUUGGGUCCUCUAUGAUAAAAUAAAAACAAUGUUUGUUAGACUGCACUUUGCCAUUAAACAAAAAAAAAAAACCUGCACACAACAGCAAGUUUGUUUUUACCACUUCUAACCUGAUGUGUGUCCUUUCACAGCAGUAACCGAGCCAGUAUUUAAUCAGGAUGGUACAGGUCUUUGCAAGCUGAUUUAAUGACAUUUCUCCGGUCUAGCCUUGGAUUUUCUAACACGUGUUCAUUCUAAACACAUAACUAAUGCCCAUCAUCAGAAGCCUAUAAAGUUGAUCAUGGCUGAAACGGUUGUGUGCAAUGAUCUGAGUUGUUCACAAAGAAUGUUUCUCGUGAAAUACUCAAUGGUUAUGAAGUUAUUUAACAUGAUGCCGAAGUCAACAACAAAGUUAUAAAAUACAUUUUUUCCAAUUGGGAAUGAAUAAAAAUAGACGAAAACCCUGUUUAAUUAAGUUACAUUUCACAUGCGGUCAGUUAGCCUGCAACAACUAGCAGAAGGGGUUGAUGCACUACGUACUUUGUACUACCGGUUAACUGAAACAUCAGUGAAGAACAACAUGUAUGUAAUUCCAAAUGUCUGAAUGCAUGUAUCAGUGUCAGUAUUUUGGUCGGUUCACUAACAAAGGGUCCACUUUUUAUUUUUAAAUUAUGCACAAAACACAGCUUAAUGCCCUUGGAAAAUUCUCAGGAAAUUAUAUUUCUUUUCCCUUGCAAGUGGGCGGACUGUUCCUGUAGACGCAUUAAUUCAGGCUGACUCACUCAUCAAAACCUGGCUGUAUAGGGAUGGUCACUAUCAGGGCGUGCAGGUGUUUUUACAGAGUCACUUUCUGCUGCAGUGGGUUGCCUUUUAACUAAUCUCCGGUGCAAUGCUGCUUCUCAGACGCUGCUGCGGCCUGACUCGACUCAGCACGCAAAGGCUUCCAGUGGCUCCUGCAGUGGCGUCGUGCGCUGUGCGUUUGUGGAGCAGCAGCGGCGAGGACCAGGGAUCGUACCAGCGGGCCCAUGGUCCCAGCUGGAGACACACUGCGGCCGGACUGCUGGCUGGUACCGCUGCCGCGCUGGCUUACGGCCUCCACCACCACAAGGCCGAGCAGGAGGCAGCUUUUCCCAUCUUCAGCCAAGAAGAGGUCACCAGACACCGCUCUCUGGAGGAUGGCGUGUGGGUCACCUACAAAGGUGGCGUCUAUGACAUCACGGCGUUUGUUGCCAUACACCCUGGCGGGGAUAAAAUCUUGCUGGCAGCAGGUGGAGCCCUUGAACCUUUCUGGGCGCUGUAUGCUGUACACAACCAGGAACACGUGCUGGAAAUGCUCUCAGCGUAUAAGGUCGGUGAACUGAACGCAGAAGACCUGAAGAAGCAGAAGCCCAUUCAGACAUCAGACCCCUACUCUUCUGACCCCGAACGCCACCCCGUGCUGCGCAUCAACAACCUCAAGCCUUUCAAUGCCGAGCCGCCCCCCGAAAUCCUCUCCGACAGCUUCACCACCCCCUCUGCUUUCUUCUUCAAAAGAAACCACCUCCCAGUUCCUCAGGUGGACCCGGCUUCUUACCAGCUGCAGGUGGAGGGACUUCCUGGGGGACCGCUGACGCUGUCUUUAGAAGAGCUGAAGACCCGAUUCCCCAAACACACCGUCACCGCCACGCUGCAGUGUGCCGGUAACCGUCGCUCUGAGAUGAAUAAGGUCAAGCAGGUGAAAGGACUGAACUGGGGCAUCGCGGCGAUCAGUAACGCCACGUGGAGCGGGGCGAGGCUUCGGGACGUGCUGCUGGCCGCCGGAUACGGGCCCGAUGUGGCCCGACGGGCCUGCCAUGUUCAGUUUGAGGGACUGGACAAAGACGUGACCGGGACCACCUACGGCGCUUCCAUCCCUCUGAACAAGGCAGUCAGUGAGGAAGGCGAUGUGUUGCUGGCUUACGAAAUGAACGGCGCGGAUCUCCCCGCCGACCACGGCUACCCCGUCCGCGUUGUGGUGCCGGGCGUAGUGGGCGCGCGCAACGUCAAGUGGCUGGGGAGGAUCGUAGUGAGUGCGGACGAAAGCAGCAGCCACUGGCAGCAGAACGACUACAAGGGCUUCUCCCCCGGGACGGACUGGGACACGGUGAACUUCAAGUCCGCUCCGGCCAUCCAGGAGCUCCCCGUCCAGUCGGCCAUCACCACUCCGGCCGACGGGGCCGUGGUCGACCGCAGUUCGGGAGAGCUGACGGUGAAGGGCUACGCCUGGAGUGGGGGGGGCAGAGAGGUGGUGCGUGUCGAUGUUUCUCUGGAUGGGGGGGAGACAUGGCAGGUGGCCCAGAUGAGGAGCAGCGAGAAGGGUGAGGCGCCGGAGGCCGCGCCCCCACCGGGUCGAGCCUGGGCCUGGAAGCUGUGGGAGAUAACGGCUCCUCUCCCUCCGGGGGCCAAGGAGCUGAAGAUCGUAUGCAAGGCGGUUGAUAAUAGUUACAACAUGCAGCCGGACACUGUGGCUCCCAUCUGGAAUCUCAGGGGCGUGCUGAGUAACGCCUGGCACCGAGUCAACGUGAACAUCAGAGAAGAUGAGAGCGAAGAAUAGACUCGGCGGUUUGAUCCACAUUCAAAAUCCAAAAGGGUUUACGCACAAAAGCGCCAUUAGAGAGUUCGACAUUGUUUUAUAUCUGUCUGUAAUUCUUUGUUCAGGUCCCAUUUUAACUCUCAUAAACCCAUCUUGACACAGAGGACCAUUCACACCCUCGUGUGAACGGUUUGGGUGGUUUAAGACAUUUGAGUUUAAAAGUAAAAUAAUUUCAUUUGGUGUUCGAAUAAUGAAUUUAUACAGAUUUCUAAUUGACAAUUUAGUUUGAAGCGUCUAUAGUGCUUCCUAACAAGCCAAAUUCCUGAUUUGCUGAUAAAUAUUUAUUUAUUUAAAAAACAUAGCAAUAAAUACUUGUUAAAAUAGCAUUUGUACCUCUUUACUUUGUGUCCACUUCUGAUGGCCUGUAACUGUCAAGCACAAAAGACAUGACCAGCCUGACCACAUAUUAAGUUUUGUGUCGUUGGUUUUUCAGCUGGUGGAAUGUGUGAUAAAUGAUCAAAGAAUCAAGAAUUAAAGGAUAUAUUACCUCAUAUCACUGAUUUUUAUCUGUGGGUUUUAAUUAUCAGUAUUAUGGAGCUAUUUCAUCUGGUGAGGUAGAAUUUGGGGAGAGGAUUGGUUAAAAGGCCAAAAGUGAGAAGUCUUAAGUAAAACACUAUAGUUUUGAUUAGAGUUGUUUCAUUAGACUCUGAGGUUGAGAGUGGGCUCAUGUGGUCGUGGGUUUACUGACCUACGCUAGAACAAAGCAGAGGUCAGUGACCAAAACACGUCCGCCUUCUCUCAUGAUCAGAACACUGAAGUAAACGUUUGAGUCAGUAAAUUCUCCAAGACAUUUCUUUUUGUGGUGCACAUUGACAUCCUCAAUGCUGAAGACGCGUCAGUAUAUCAGACCGGUUGAAGUAAGUAGAGCCGUAUCCGUGCUGUAGAUCAUGCAUCCGUAGUGUGCUGUGAUCUUUGUGCACCGUUGAGUUUCCAUCCGUCGAGGUGCUGUUGGGGUUCAGUUUUUUCUUUUUUUACCACGACACUCUGCAGAAGUCCGGUCACCUUGUGACCACAGUUUCACCCUCGCUGCUUUGUGUGAAAUGUACAAUAUUAUUAAAGCUGAUAAAUAAAGACUUUCUAAUUUUA